CCCCCCCUCUGGCUUCCCCCCCCCCCGGUCCCCACCUCGCGCUGCUGCUUCUGUGUCUGCCGCGGACGUCGCCAUGAACCCCGCAAGGCACGGGCGGCCCUACCGGCCCGAGCCCGGGGAUGCGCGCGAUGAGGCGCGGGCCACGCGGCGAGGAGGAGAAGGAGGAGGCGGCGGCGGCGGCACGGAUUCGGUGUCGCGGUCGAGGCCGCGGUACCGAGACCGACACGAGCGCUGGCGGCGCCACUCGCGCUCCCCGAGUCCCAGGCGCUCGCCGUACCACUACGACAGGAAUCAUGCCAUCGAGGGGAGCCUACGGAUCACGGUCGGCAACGACCGCUACCAGACCAACGUCGGGACCCAUCGGCCGGUGCCCGUGCACGCCCGCCUGGGGUUCUCCGAGCAGCGCACGGCCUUGGGCAGAGAGAGGACGUCUCAGAGGCGCGAGGAGGAACCACAGACAAGAGGGAAGGCAACAGCCAAUCGGCAGCAGGAGAGUUUCCUGCUGGACUGCAAUGAGCGGCAGCUGGACUCGCCACGAGUGUGGAAGGAUCAACAGGAGCAGGACCUUCCGCAGGAGGAGCGGCUGCCAGCGUGGGAGGUGGAGGCGAGCGGGGCGAGCCGGCCGCGCGCCGUUUCGCCGGACAGCGGAUACGCGCUGCACUGCCCUGAGGAGGCGCCCGCGCUCCCCAAGAAAUCCAUCCUGAAGCGGCGCGUGGAGCCCGACACGGGCACCCCGCAGGAGUGGAAGGAUGGUGCGACAUGGCACGAUGGUGUGCGUCCUCUCUACGAGGACCGCUCGUGGUUUAAGGAUGACGAGGUUUCAUGGCGAGACGCAGCGGCCGCGGAGAGGGAGGGCACGGGGGAGCGCGGACCCGGCGACUUCCACGGGGCCUCCUCCCUGCAGGCGUUUUGGAAUGCUGAGGAUCGGGAGACGUUUCUGUACGGAGACGACAAACACGACGAGGGGGACGUGCGAGCCCCCGACCUGGAAACAACGGACCCCCUCCAGCGGCCACCAGAAGACUACGCCAAGCUGGCCAACAUACUUAAGGCCAUCGGCCUCAAGAAAGAAACGGACCUAGCGGACGAGUCGGGCCUAGCUGCGAAGAAGCAGCCACCCUCGUCCGGCGUGAGCAGGAGCCACGUGGAGCCAUCGCUGGACUCGAGUGGCCCGGGCUCGAGGAGGGACGUGAAGCGCAAGCGGGCGGAGGAGGCGGUGGAGGGUGCCCCGCAUCCCCAUGCAUCCCAACCAAUCAAAACGCCUGAGUACGGCGCUUACCAGCGCCACGGGCAGCAGCACGACUACUAUGUGGCGCAGCAGCCGGCCCCGUACGGACAGCAAAGCCCCGCGUCGGCCUGGCCCCCGUACCAACUCCCUGCACGGGAGUUCGCCGCCCGUUCGCUCUCCCCGGCCGCUCCGGCGACCCCGACGGCAACCACCCCACCGUCCCCAGUGUUCGCUGGUCUACCGAAAUCAGUGGCAAGGCCCAACCUGCUCGUCAUCGAGAUGGUGGACAACAAGGCGGAGAAGUCGGUGGCGUUUUGCAGGACGAAGGCCAAGCCCGGCCCAAAGGGCGCGCACGUGUCGGAGGCCAGCUUCAGCGCCACCCCACCCUCUGACCCGGCUACAGGGCAGCAGGACAAUGAGGACGAGGUGCAGAUGUACCUCAAUAACUUGCAGAGAGAGUGGAACAAGCUCCAGAGUCAGCAAGUCAAGCUGCUGCGGGACUGUAGCAGGGCGAAGGAUAACCACGAUAUCCAGCAGCAGCUGGAGCUCAACCAGCUCCAGGAUGUGGUGGCGUACAAGAUGAAGAAGCUGGCGGCCGAGAUGAACACGUUCCCAAAGAAGGGCGUGAGGCUCAGGGGUGCCGCAUAUCGAGCGCAGAAGCCAGACGUGGUCUUGGAGCGGCAGCAGAAGCCGGCCGUGGAGCGGCAGCGGAAGACGGCCGUGGCCGGGGAGCGGCAGGAGAUGUCGGCCGUGGCCGGGGAGCGGCAGCGGAAGACGGCCGUGGCCGGGGAGCGGCAACGGAAGCCGGCCGUGGCCGCGGAGCGGCAGCGGAAGCCGGCGGUGGCCGCUGAGCGGCAGCGGAAGCCGGCCGUGGAGCAGCAGCAGAAGCCGGCUAUAGCCGUGGAACAGCAGCAGAAGCCGGCCGUGGAGCGGCAGGAGAUAUCGGCCGUGGCCGUGGAGCAUCAGGAGAAGCCGGCCGAGGUCGUGGAGCAGCAGGAGAAGCCGGCCGUGGCCGUGGAGCAGCAGGAGAAGCCGGCCGUGGAGUGGCAGGAGAUGUCGGCCCUGCCUUGCACCCUCAACACGUGCUACGAUGCUGGGGAGCACUGGUGCGAGAACUGCAGCGUCACCUAUAGCUCCCUGUCGCAGUUCCUGCCGCACCUGCACAGCAGGAAGCAUCGCCAGACUCUAGACCCCGACCAUCGCCCGUGGGUCUUUCAGCAGCAGCAGUUGGAAUGGUUGCAGCAACAGGAGGGAGCAUCUAAGCUGAAUAGCAUGCCACAACAAGCUAAAGGGUCAGAGUUUAUGAUGCCCAUUUUGGGGUAUUACUGCCAGCUCUGCGCAGAGUUUUGUGUGGACCAAGCUUUUGCCCAGGAGCAUGUGAUCUCUUCGAAGCACAACAACAACUACCAGAAAAUGGUGCAGGACAACCUGCUGUACGAGCCACGGCGCAUGAUGGGCUGGAAGACCAGCCAGGCAGUGAUGGUGGAAACCGAGCGGCGGUGCCGCAUGGAGGCGGUACGGAGAAUCUCCGAGGAGAACAAGGCGAAGCUGAUGAAAAUGGAGGAGGAGGAAAAGAGCAAGCUUGCCGAGCUGGACGAAAACUGCGUGGAGGGCGUGGAACGGGGCCCCAAAGCUCCAAUAAAGAUCUCGCUGAGGGCCGAGAAUGACCGCACCACGCCACGGGACAAGGCCGAGGGCGUGAUGCCAAGCGGGGACGACCAAAUCAGGGCCGGCAGAGACAGGAAGGAGGAGAACGGCGGCGCCAUGGCAGAGCCCAGCCACGCCAAGGAGGCCGCAGACAGCAGGCCGUCCGGCAAGACGAUUUCCAUUAAGCUCUCGGGGAAGACCUUGUUGACGCCUGUGGCCCAGUGGACACCCUCCUUGGGUCCCUGUGUCACCCCCAUCCAGGCCAAGAUCAGGCCCAACUUUUCCAUGGCUCUGGUAAGCCCGCGCAAAGCCCCUGUCGCCCCCUCCUUGAACAAACCAGCUUCUCUCGACAAGUUCAUUUCGAUUGGCUCAAAGGGCGCAGGGAAACCUCUACCCGUGAUCAAGGAAGAUGGGAAUAAAGAGUCAACGGCGCCUCCCAUAUGUGCCACUCAGGCUUCCGAGGCUCGGCCGGUCGCCGUGGCAAAGAGCCCUGUGAGAGAGCACCUGAAGACGGUGUUGGAGAUUGUGCCCGCAAGCGACCAGGCUGGGAGUCCUGCAGCGCGGCAGCAGGAGGAUGAAUCGGCGCCGGGCACCCAGCUGGAGCUGCACACGGUGCUGGCCAUCCCUGUGAAGCCACCCCCAGUCAUCGCCUCCGGUGCGUACACCGACACCCACCAGCCCCUCUCCACGAAGAGACCCAAGGGCUGCUUAGCAACGGCCAACGCCAAGGACUUGUAUAGCAUUUUCUACAGCCACCUUGGGGGCGAGGCGGGAAGAAAACUGUCUGCUUCGUCUUCUACGGAGAGGGAAGGUGGAGGCUUGGGUAGAGACAUCACGGGUUCUCCCAUCCCGUUGGUCGGUGCUCGCGGGCCGGCGGCCCCAGAGUGGCCGCCUUCCCUGACCUCCACGGACGGCGCCGGCACCAUCACUGCAACUCCUGUUCUCUGAGGGUCCCCCGUACCCCAGCCGUACAUACAUGCCUCUCAUGGCUGAGGGGCACAUGUAUGUACGUUUGCUGAACUUCUUUCCCACGAUAAUUGGAGGUGCGAAUCGGCGGGCGUGUGACCAGGGCGGCGCGCGGCUCAGCCGAUCGGGGCUCUUCUCACUUCACACAACAGUGGAGAACGUUGUUGCGUUAACUUUUGAAGGCGUAUGCGACUGUGCACACCAAUGGGUCUGCGUAGAAUGUAAUUGGUCUGGGUUUUCUCUGUCUGAGUCGGAGAGUUCAUUAUCUCACCAACUAAGAACCUCAACAGACUCUUUUACAAGGCUGACCUGGCCACGAUGGCCCAGACCAUAGUGGGUGGACACCAGGGUGGGGGUUGCUGUUCCUGUGUUUUGAGUUUUUUCUCUCGGCUCCUCCCCUUUAGUUUUUCACUGUGGGAGUGAAAUUUAUAACACGUUUGUGUUUUGUAAAAUAGUAAACGUUCAAUGUUUUGA